UUCUGACUCGAAAUUCGAUUUCCUCGGUGCGGUUUGUGCCGUCAUCAAGCCAUCAUUACUGUCUCCAGUACUGCAUCCGUACUCCAAAGUACCCAAGCCGCACUAACAAUCUAAACCGACUCCUCUGCUGGCAUCCUUUUCUGUCCUUCUGAUCUGCCGCAAGUACAUCGACACGCUUCCGCUUGCGAGUCGGUACCUGGAGGAAGACCACCUCGAGCAUCGCCAUAUUACCCCGGCAUCCUGUGACAAACGCCACGCCCCUCCCCCCUCCCCCUGCCCCGGUCCUUGGCUUUAGUAGCAGCUGAAGCGGGAACGAAGAGGAAGAAAAGGACGAAAAGACGAAAAAGAACGACGUCGACAUUCCGACCCUGUCCCUCCGGCUCUGCUCGAACUGGAAUACAUAAAGAUCCAAUGGAUCCCGUCUUCAGAACUGCCUCUCCAUACAUUGAUCCUACCGUCAAAGGUCCCAAGUCGCAGAUCCAGGCCUCGGGAAUAGAUUUACGCAAGAUGAUUUCAAGCAACGUCAACAAGACUGCCCUGCACCCUGGCGGUGUUCAGCCUUACCGCGAGCACACCGAGCUCGAGGAGGAACUGCACGAGAUUGCCCACAUUGACUACGACCGCGUCGCCAUUGUCGCCAAUCCCUCCGUCGCCGCGCUCUACGAAGAUGCCCUCGUCUACGAGAGCGGCACUGCCAUCACCUCGAGCGGUGCCCUGACUGCCUACUCGGGCGCAAAGACUGGCCGCUCGCCCCUGGACAAGCGAAUUGUCAAGGAGCCCUCUUCAGAAAACGACAUCUGGUGGGGACCCGUCAACAAGCCCAUGAGCCCUGAUGUCUGGAAAAUCAACCGAGAGCGUGCCGUCGACUACCUCAACACCCGCAACCGCAUCUACGUCAUCGACGGCUAUGCUGGCUGGGACGAAAAGUACAGGAUCCGUGUCCGCGUUAUCUGCGCGCGCGCCUACCAUGCUCUCUUCAUGAGGAACAUGCUCAUCCGCCCUCCCCGCGAGGAGCUCGAGCACUUCCACCCCGACUACACCAUCUACAAUGCCGGCACCUUCCCCGCCAACCGAUACACCGAGGGCAUGACCUCUGCCACGUCCGUGGCCAUCAACUUUGCCGAGAAGGAGAUGGUCAUCCUGGGCACCGAGUACGCCGGCGAGAUGAAGAAGGGCAUCUUCACCGUCCUCUUCUACGAGAUGCCCAUCAAGCACAACGUCCUGACCCUGCACUCGUCCGCCAACGAGGGCAAGAACGGCGACGUCACCCUCUUCUUCGGCCUGUCCGGCACUGGCAAGACCACGCUGUCUGCCGACCCCAACCGCGCCCUCAUCGGCGACGACGAGCACUGCUGGAGCGACCGCGGCGUCUUCAACAUCGAGGGCGGCUGCUACGCCAAGUGCAUUGGCCUGUCGGCCGAGAAGGAGCCCGAUAUCUACAACGCCAUCCGCUUCGGCUCCAUCCUCGAGAACGUCGUCUUCGACCCCGUCACCCGCGAGGUCGACUACGACGACGUCACCCUCACCGAGAACACCCGCUGCGCCUACCCCAUCGAGUACAUCGCCAACGCCAAGAUCCCCUGCAUGACCGACAACCACCCCACCAACAUCAUCCUGCUCACCUGCGACGCCCGCGGCGUGCUGCCGCCCAUCUCCAAGCUCGACAGCGCCCAGACCAUGUUCCACUUCAUCUCCGGCUACACCUCCAAGAUGGCCGGCACCGAGGACGGCGUCAACGAGCCCCAGGCCACCUUCUCCAGCUGCUUCGCCCAGCCCUUCCUGGCCCUGCACCCCAUGAAGUACGCCCGCAUGCUCGCCGACAAGAUUGAGCAGCACAAGGCCAACGCCUGGCUGCUCAACACCGGCUGGGUCGGCGCCGGCUUCGCCCAGGGCGGCAAGCGAUGCCCGCUCAAGUACACUCGCGCCAUCCUCGACGCCAUCCACUCGGGCGAGCUCGCCCAGGUCGAGUUUGAGAACUACGACGUCUUCAACCUGCAGGUCCCCAAGACCUGCCCCAACGUCCCCGCCGAUCUGCUGAACCCCAAGAAGGCCUGGACCGCCGGCGACGACAGCUUCCAGAAGGAGGUUGUCAAGCUGGGCCAGCUCUUCCGCGAGAACUUUAAGAAGUACGAGAGCGAGGCCACCCCCGACGUCAUUGCCGCCGGCCCCAGCGUCUAAAAGGUGCUUUGAAAGAAGAGGGGAUUGUAGAGGAAAGCGUUUGGGACUUGAAAGUUGUUCACAUUCUUCGAAUGGCAAAAUCGUGAUAUCCAGGGGUCGUCUCUGUUGGCGACGCGUGUGGGGGAAGCUGCAAAACAAAACCCAAAAAAUGAAGGACGACUUCGUGGGAAGGAUUUAGAUAUUUCUUCCUUCUUCUUUUGCUUCAUUGUUCUUUUUCUCGUCUUCCUGUUUUUUUUUCUUUUUUUUCUCGUCAUGACCGCGUUUUUUGAAACGCUGGGAAAGCAUUGAUAUGGGUCGGCGUUUACGAC